CUCCUUCUCCUUCCUCAGCCGAUGCCACUUCUAGCUUGAUCACUGGAAGAGUGAUUGGGAGUUCUGAGUUUAUUUCUAGGGUUUUGUUUUGGUGAUUGUGAUACCUCUUCGUCGAUCGUCGACGAGUCAUCGGCGGCUGAAAUGGCCGGCGAGAAAGCGAUCAGCUUGGAGCAGAUCAAGAACGAGACCGUCGACCUUGAACGGAUUCCCAUAGAAGAGGUGUUCGAGCAGCUGAAAUGCACCAAAGAAGGUCUAACUACGGACGAAGGAGCCAAUCGGCUCCAAAUCUUCGGUCCAAACAAGCUCGAAGAGAAAAAGGAAAGUAAGAUUCUCAAGUUCUUGGGCUUCAUGUGGAACCCCCUUUCGUGGGUCAUGGAGAUGGCUGCCAUCAUGGCCAUAGUCUUGGCCAACGGAGACCACAAGUCACCGGAUUGGCAAGACUUCAUCGGCAUCAUCGUACUCCUCGUCAUCAACUCCACUAUCAGCUUUAUCGAAGAAAAUAAUGCCGGUAACGCCGCCGCCGCACUAAUGGCCGGCCUCGCCCCGAAGACAAAGGUUCUUAGAGAUGGCCGCUGGAGUGAACAGGACGCGGCAAUUCUUGUGCCAGGCGACAUAAUUAGUAUCAAACUUGGCGAUAUAAUCCCAGCUGAUGCACGUCUGCUCGAAGGGGAUCCGCUGAAGAUUGAUCAGUCCGCUUUAACUGGAGAAUCUCUCCCGGUUACCAAGAAUCCAGGAGACGAAGUGUUCUCUGGCUCAACUUGCAAGCAGGGUGAAAUAGAGGCCAUUGUCAUUGCCACUGGAGUUCAUACCUUCUUCGGAAAGGCAGCACAUCUCGUAGACAGCACGAACCAAGUUGGGCACUUCCAGAAGGUGCUGACGGCCAUUGGUAACUUCUGUAUCUGCUCCAUUGCAGUCGGCAUGGUCAUUGAGAUCAUCGUCAUGUAUCCAAUCCAGCACAGAAGAUAUAGAGAUGGUAUUGAUAAUCUAUUGGUCCUCUUGAUUGGAGGUAUCCCGAUUGCCAUGCCAACAGUCCUGUCUGUGACCAUGGCUAUUGGAUCACACAGACUAUCUGAACAAGGUGCUAUCACAAAGAGAAUGACCGCGAUAGAGGAGAUGGCUGGCAUGGACGUCCUCUGCAGUGAUAAAACAGGGACAUUAACUCUUAACAAAUUGAGCAUCGACAAACUUCUUAUUGAGGUUUUCACAAAAGGGGUGGAUAAGGAGCAUGUGGUCCUAUUGGCAGCAAGAGCAUCAAGAACAGAGAAUCAGGAUGCUAUUGAUGCUGCCAUGGUGGGGAUGCUUGCAGACCCAAAGGAGGCGAGAGCAGGUAUUAGAGAAGUACAUUUUCUUCCCUUCAAUCCUGUGGACAAAAGAACUGCUCUCACCUAUAUCGAUGGCAAUGACAAUUGGCAUCGUGUAAGUAAAGGUGCACCUGAGCAGAUUUUGAACCUUUGCAACUGCAAAGAAGAUGUCAGGACUAAGGUGCAUUCAGUAAUUGAUAAAUAUGCUGAACGUGGGCUGCGAUCACUAGCUAUUGCUAGACAGGAAGUUCCAGAGAAAUCCAAAGAGAGUGCAGGGGCACCAUGGCAAUUUGUAGGGGUGUUACCUCUUUUUGAUCCUCCAAGACAUGACAGUGCUGAAACUAUCCGCAGAGCUCUCAACCUUGGCGUUAAUGUCAAAAUGAUCACAGGUGAUCAGCUUGCUAUUGCAAAGGAGACAGGGCGGAGACUUGGUAUGAACAAAAAAUUAAAUUAA